CUUGAAAACUUCAGGAGGAAUAUCCUGAAAUGCUUGAAUGGCUAGAGAAAAAAAAAUAGUGCCGUGAUGUCAUCGUAAACAGUCGGCCGCUAGAUAAUCAAUGCACUGUGCAUGUAAUGUUUCAUGUUUGUAUUUUAAUAUCUGUCCAGAAGAAGGAAGUCCAUCGGAGAAUAUCACAGUUAGGUUCGUCAAACUGAUACCUGAGAGAAAAUUUUCAAGACUGAAGUCAUGCAGAGUCAAAGACGAGGUUGGAACCGGCCACUGGAGUCCUGGGAUGGAAUCAGAAAUGGGCUCGUCGAGGUCAUCAAUACAGACAAAGACAUAGAACGAGAAUUCUUUAAUUUAUCCCAUACUAAACUCGGACAGGAAGUCAAGAAUGGAGAACAAUUUUUCCAGACCCUUGAAAAUUAUUUUGAGGAACAUUUUCAUGUUGUCGAAUUCCUCAUCAAUCUGACUGAAGAAGUUAGUCUUCAUGUUGAUGAUGGUUCAACUAAAGUCGCUGAUGAUCUUCGCCAAUACGUGAAUAAGUUAACAGAAUAUGACAGUGAAUUGAAUGAAAAGGGACUAGGAACAAAAUGUUUUGUUGGAAGAGAGGAAGAACUUGCGUGUAUCAUUCAAAAUUUGAAGACUGGAAAAGAUAGAAAGGGACUUCUGAUAUGCGGAAUGGGUGGGAUGGGAAAAACAAGUUUGGCGGUAGAAGUAUGCCGUUGUCUCUACAUGGAAGACAAAUGGAAUGUGUUUAAAGUAGACUUAAGAGAAGAAACAACUCUUCGCGAUUUGCUGCGCAACACAUUGACCAAGUUUGGUGAAAGGUUGCCAUUCCCAUCUACGGAUCACAUGGCAGGCGACAAAAAAGGGGAUAACGAUUUGAAACAUUUACAAGAUUUACUUAUAAAGAGAUGUAACGAUGAGAAAUCGGAUACCAUCUUGUUUUUGGACAAUAUUGAUGGCAUUUUAGAAAAGGACAGAGAAAGAUUUUUGCUUUUUGCUCAGCAACUGCUACAGAGGUUAAAUACCAAUUCAGAUGAGGAUGGCCAAUUUUCGUCGAAAAUGCGGAUUAUUUUCACAGCAAGACAAAAACUAAUAACGAGCAAGGCUGUUGGUUUGCGCAGGGGAUUGAUUCAAGAAGUUGAAAUCAAAGGUUUGAAUAACGAAGAAGCUGCUGAAUUAUUUACAAUAUACCUUGAAGGAGAGACCGAUAGCGAUACGGUUGCAAAAAUUGUUGCGUUCUGUGGAAACUGCCCAUUGGCCAUUUUAUCGCUGUGUAACAGCAUUCGAAAUUCUGAUUUGACACCAGAAAAAUUAUUAUUCAGACUCCAAAUGACCCAAAAUGAUGCAGGAGAAUUUGGGAGUUUUGGAAUUGAGUCUUGCUUGAAACAAUCUUUCCGUCUUUUGAAUGAAAAACUUCAAAGAUUUUUACUCGAGUUGUCAGUUUUUCGUACAGCCCAGUUUGACAUCCAUGCAGCAGUUGCAAUUGCUGGUAGAAGCCACAGUAGUGACAAGGCAACAACAGCUCUUGAUUUAGUGCAUCUCAAGAGCCGGCAUUUUGUGGAAGUUACAGUCGAAGGCCUAAGAAGGUCUAAGGCCUACUCUUUACAUCCGUUAGUUGUUCAAUUCCUGAUAAAGAAAACUGAAAGUAUGGCUACAGGCGAUGAUCUCAUCAAGACGGCAAGAAGUAGAUUUGUCGAACAUUUUGAUGGAGUGGUUCAGGCCAUAUCUUUGGAUCUUCAUAAGCACCCAAUGGAAUCCCAAAGAAAGCUCUUUCAAAACAAAACUCACAUUCAAAGUUUCUUCACCUAUUUGAUUACAUCUGAAGGAAAACUGAGGCAGACAUGCGUCGAUUCACCAAGUGUGAUGGGUGAAUUUCGAAGAGACGAAUUAUGCUCUGUCAUUUUGAGUGAUCACGAACGCAAGGAGUAUUAUGAUCAAUAUAUAGAGUAUGCCAAGGAAAAUGGGUUAAUUUUGGAUGAGAUAUAUUACAAAACAGCAAAAGCAAGAUUAUUCUUUGAAAUUGAUAGAUCUGAUGAAUGUGAGAAGCUUUUAAAUGAGAUAGAGGACCUCCUGACCAGAAAUAAGACUCUGGAUGAAGAGACCCAUUCCCCUGCAUUAGGACUGUUUUACUGGAUGAAGGGCAGAUUCCAGAACGCUAGAUCUCAGUACAAGAAUGCUUUAGCGAUGUUUGAAAAGUCUUUAUCAUUCUAUCAAAAUGAACCAGAACUAUUUAAAACGGACAUUGCAAACAUAUACAAUUCUAUAGGAGUCCUUUACUACAAUCAGAAGGAAUUUGAAAAGUCUGAAUCCUACCACAGAAAAGCGCUAGAGAUGGCAUUGGGGCAGGAGGGAGUUGAUGCUGAGGGGAUCAAUAUUCAAGUUUAUUAUACUAACAUUGCAACUGCUCUUGUAGCGCAAUGGCAAAAGCUAUCAAAAUCAAGCAGUCUUGAGGAAUCAAACCGCCAACUCUUACACCAAGCUGAGGAGUAUUAUACUCUUGCGAUCUACUACGACCCUAAAGCAUCAGAAAGUCGUGCGAAGAAACUGACCAAUCGUGGGAAAUUGUACCUCAGAAUGGAGAGGUACGAUGACGCCGAACAAGACUUUCUAGAAAGUCUACAAAUCAGGAAGGAUAUCCUUGUCCCUCCUAAUAUAAACCUUACACAUGCGUACCACAACGUCGGUAUGUUUUAUUUCCGGAAAGGAAUGAAUCCAGAAACACAGAACAAGGCGGAAUGCUUCGUACAAGCAGUGAACUUCUUUGAAGAAGUGAAGUUUCAGAUUGAGAGAGGUGGGAUGACUGCUGAAGACGCAGCGUAUAAAGACAUUGUUAAAACCCAUAAACUGGCACUAAAGGCCAUUAAUGAUGACCGCAGACUUGAACAAGCAAAACAAUUUUAUCAAGAUUUUGAAUCUGGUAAAUUUGACAAGAAAAUUCGAAAAUGGAAGAGUAUUGAUGAAACCAUGACAAAAAGUGAGCGAUUGGCAUCGACAGGAAAAAACUUUGACAAGGAUUCUGGAUCGAACCACUCUGACUCAGAAGCUGAGACCAGUUCCGACAGUUCUUCUGAUCGGAACUCUUCUGUCGAAAUCACGGACGAAGAAGACGGCGGUGGCGUUUUGGAAGAGAAUUCCCAGCCACAGAAUGAAAAAUCAUACGAUAUGGUUUAUGAACAUGAAAACAUGGAAUUCCUAUCUUCUACACAGAAGGAUCUCAGUCAGAAUGACGAAAAGGAAAAAAUGGAGCGAGACAAGCUGGACAGUGGAAUCGGAAGUUUAACGUCGAGUUCUACUGGAUCAUCCAGCAAUACUAAUGACAUAGUUAAGAAAAGAAGAAGGCUUGUAUCCAUGCCUUCGGGUUCUCUCGAAGAUAAUGUUUUUACAAAUUUGGAAAAUCCAUCGUCAGAGUAACUUGUUUAUGUGAAAUGACAGGAUAUAUACAAAAAGAAAUAAUUUCAAAAAUACUUUAUUUUCCUAUAGAUUUUCAUUGUCCUUAGAAAUAACUUUUAUGUUGUUGAAUUCUAGUAGUGAAUAUUAUGAUAUUGAAUUCAACUUUAUUCCAAGAUUAUUUUUGUGUUUGAUAUUUGUGUAAAUCAAAAGGUUUAUUCAUUGAACGGAGCAACUGCAGCACACAUCCUUUAUUAUUAUACAAAGUUUUAUGCUUAUUCCGAAAAUGAUUCCAGACGUAUUUUGUUCAAUCUAAUUUUAUUUUACAUUUCGUUUUUAAAUACCAAUAUGUUUUUGCUUAAAUUUUUUUUGACUAACAUUUUUGUUUUGUUCGUAACACUGAUGUAAUGGAAAAACACUGAACAUCCCGCCAUGAACAAGGAAAAGGUUUUAUAAAAGAUUCGGAUUUGUAUGUUCUGUCGUUAUUUCAAUGGAGAUAAUUUAUCAGUAAACUCGAAUUAACUUCUGCUUAGAUACAUACUAAAAAUUGUGAGAGAAGAAUUCCUUUAAAUACUUCCACGUGCAAAACAAUAAAACUCAUUCACAACAAGACGAACUGGAUAAAGAAAUUGAAAGUUUAACGACGCUAUGCUGUUGACAAAGUCGACUAAAACCCCCGUCACAUUUCCAAAAAAGACCAACGGCCGUCUAUUUUUGAGCCAAAAAUGAAAUUCUUCAGGCGACAUUCAGCAGUUCUACGGCCGUUGCCUUGCCCGAUUUUGACCCUUUUUCGUCGGCCGACCAAUUUUGUAUCCGUUGGGCAAAGUUAUAAUUUCUUCUGCGUCGUUGGCUGAUUUCUUCAAUUGAAGCAGUCAUUGAAAAGUCCCUCAACCAACCCUCGCUCAACGUCCGACCAUCGGCAGACAGUUUAUUAAUUAAGUCGGUUGGUCGACAUUUAGGUACUGAGUUUUCCAAAAUGUCGGCCGACGGUGAAAAUCAAAUUGCGGCCGCGCUCGAUGAUCGGGAGACGAUUAGCCGAUAUUUAAACUUUUAAAGUCAUCGAUGUUCCUAGAAAUCAAAAUGACUGCUUCGCGUCGCCCGAUACCAGUGUCGGCUGAUGAUGUUUUUGUUUUUUUCUUCAGCCGACGAUACGAGAAAAAAUUGGUUGCCUGACCAUUGAUUUGAAUGUGAUUAAGGUAUUAGAAAAAACGGUUAAAUUCAUUUUUUUUUCUACUGGAAUAUUGGAGCCAUGAAAACUGGUAUUCAAAUAUUUAUCUCUCGCAAAAGGAUAUAGUAAGAAUAAUAGAUACUGAUGGACUCGGAGGUUAUUUGUUUGAUAUUAAUUAUAUACAUGUAUUUCUUGUUUAGUCAUAUGGUUGGGUUUUCUGCCAAUACGUCUAGUUCUUUCAACUAAAAAAAUAAGUAAAUGUUCAUUCUUUUUUUUUUGGGAGUUUUUGCAUGUAUUUUUAGAUAUCGUUAAAACCGCUGGUAUUUAUCUCAUAGAGGCUCAAAAAGUAAUUUGAUGUAAAGGGUAGUUUUUAUUCUAAGAAUAAAAAGGUUUUGUUCUGUGCAUUUUUCUUUUUCCAAGGUAUAAAUAUUUUAUUACCUAGCCAUAUUAAGUUUUUUUAACUAUUGAUAUUACUCCGAUCUCAAAUUAGAAAUCAAACCUUUCUUUUUGUGUUGUCUAGUUUACUAUAUUAUUUCUCAUAAGUAAUGGCAGCAACGAUUACAAUCAUUCCAGUUCACUGUAAUGUAUGUAUGAAAUACCUUUAAGUACAUCUACAAACAAUGUAUUUUUAUUCAUUUUUUAUUAAAAUUUACACAAAAAGCUUUUUUGCAAAUAUUUUUGUCAUUUUUGAAUAUAUCAUCGAUUUACAUUGCAAAUGUACACUAUUUGACAUUAUGUUUAUAAUAAAAUUUUGUCAACUUUUAGAAUGUAAUAAA